AUGAACGGAACUGAGACUUCUCCAUUGAGUGCACAAACCCAGCUACAAUUCAUGCAAGGCUACUUGAAAGAUGCAGACGCAAGCCAGGGACGCAAUGAAGCAAUACGCAUUUGGGUGGCGAGUGUCAGAGAUGCUGCUUAUAAUCUUGAGGAUGUCAUUGAAACUUAUGUCUUAAAAGUGGCUUUCAAGAGGAAAUCAAAUGUUUUGACAUGGUUUACUGGCAUCUUCAUAAAAGGAGUUAAUCUUCAUCGGAUUGGCUCAGACAUUGAAAAAAUUACAACUGAAAUUUCACAGCUGAGUUCGAUUAUGCCAAGUUUUAACCUACACCAAAUAAGGGAGAGUGGAGGUGACACCUUUUUUCAGAGACAACAGGAACGGAGGAUAGCUUAUCCUCAUAUUGUCGACCCUCACGUGGUUGGUUUAGCCCCUGGAACAGAGAUGUUGGCUACGCAUUUGAUCAAAGAAAAAGGCCUCCGAGUUGUUUCUAUUUGGGGGAUGGGAGGGUUAGGUAAAACCACUCUUGCAAAACAAGUUUAUCAUCAUGGUGAAGUUAAGCGUCAUUUCGAUUGUUUUGCCUGGGUGUGUAUCUCUCAACAGUGCCAAGCACGGGAAGUUUUGGAAGAAAUUCUGACUAAACUCAUUUCUCCUACCAAUGAGCAAAGACAAGAAAUUGCAAAAUUGAAGAUUGAUCAAAUAGCAGAGAGGCUUUGGAAUACGCAAAGAGAAAGAAAAUGUUUGGUGGUGCUUGAUGACAUUUGGACCAAUGAUGCGUGGAGCUCGUUGCAAGCUGGAUUUCCAAUGAAUGAGGAAACUGAGAGUCGAAUUUUACUCACCACUCGCAACAAAGAAGUCGCUUCGUGUGCGGACAAAAAUGGUUUCCUCUUUGAACCACAGUCGUUGAAUGAUGAUGAAAGCUGGGAACUGUUUGAGAAGAUAGCAAUGUAUGGAAUGGAAAAUACAAACCCUAAAAUUUAUGAACAGAAGAAAGAGCUGGGAAUGGAGAUGCUUCAACAUUGCAAAGGUUUGCCACUAGCCAUUACGGUGCUUGCAGGACUUCUAGCUAGAAAAGACACAGUUGAUGAGUGGAAUGCGGUGCAUAAGAAUAUUACAUAUAUAGGUGAAGGAUAUGAAGGUGUAUCAUGGUUAUUGGAAUUGAGUUACGAUAACUUACCAUAUUACUUAAAACUAUGUUUUCUCUACUUAGCCCAAUUUCCAGAAGAUUAUGAAAUACCGGUGAGUACAUUGACUAAACUAUGGAUGGCAGAAGGUUUCAUAUUAUCGGCAUCAGCGGAAGUAAUGGAAGAUGUAUCAUAUAGGUGCUUAAGGGAGUUAGUGGGCAGGUGCAUGGUGCAAGUUGGAAAACAUGGUUUGAGUAAGAAGAUCAAGACUUGUCAUCUCCACGAUUUUAUGCGAGACUUAUGCAUGUUAAAGGCGAAAGAGGGGAACUUUGUCCAUAUUAUCAAUUAUUCUGUAGCUUCAGAGACCAAGGAAACUCCAAACAGUAGAGUUCGAAGACUUGCCAUCUAUUUGGACAUAAUGGUUGAUACAUAUGGUUCGGGAAAAGAUGAAAAUUAUGGACAUGUUAGAGUUUUGAAGUUUGAAGGUAUGCGUGUUAUAAAGCGAACGUUUGAAGGUAUGCGUGUUAUAAAGCGGACGUUUAAAGAUAUGCGUGUUACAGAGUUUAGAGAGUUCAAGUUACCAGAUGAAAUUGGGAAUCUAGUGCACUUAAGGUUUUUAAGUGUAAAGGAUAGUGAUAUUAAUGCGGUGCCAUCAUCUAUAGCAAAUUUGGUAUGUUUGCAGUAUCUAGAUUUACGGAGUCGUUAUUGGGAUUUUAAAAUUCCAAACCGAAACGUGUUUUCCAAGAUGGAAAAAUUGAGACAUAUAUAUUUACCCAGAUAUCAGAGUGCAAGAGAGAAAAAUGUGAACGUUUGUUAUUUGCUACUGAGGCAGUCAAUUUGCAGACGGGGUUUACCAAUACCAUGGAACAUAGUAUUAAGCUAUCCUAAUAUAUACAAGCUGCCACAACGCGGAGAUAUCACAGAGUUACCAGAAGACCUCCUGUGCCUUACGAACCUCACCAAGCUAACACUAAGUAGAACUGGUAAUCUCAAGGAUGACCACAUAAAAGUAUUAGAGAAGCUGCCAAGCUUGAGAAUGCUUUUCCUUUGUAAUUGGGAUUUUUACCAUCCUAAUACUUUUCCGGGACCUCUUGUUUGCUCAGAGGGAGGCUUUUCAUUUCUCGAAUUUCUUUCUCUUGCUGGCUUGAUGAAGUUAAAAGAAUGGAAGGUGGAGCAAGGAGGCAUGCCUAGUCUCUCUCUCUGCAGAUUGCACAUUCGUGGGUGCUUUGAUUUGGAGGCAGUUCCUGAUGGGCUCCAAUAUAUUACUACCCUAAAGGAAUUAACCAUCGAUUUUAUGCGUCCUGAAUUCUGUAGCCGGCUUGGGGAAGGAGGAGAGGAUUUUUACAAAAUCCAACAUGUGCAGUCUAUUAUUAUGACAAAUAUUUGGCGUCACUAA